GACAGACCGGGGAGAUUCCUGUGAAAGCGUACCAAAAUGGGUCCACGAAGUUAUUCGGCCGAUAGCAGCAGAAUUGGAGUUCUUUAUGCCGCAGCCCUUCGCGGGGGAAAUUCUGGGACUGUGCAAAGCGCUGGGAAUAAGUCUUGGAGAUGGAGUCCUGCUUAAUUUCGCCUAUGAAUCUACUGCGUUCUGUACUAGUAUUGUUGCUCAGGAUGACAAAGGAAACAUUUACCACGGUCGGAACCUGGAUUACGAUUUUGUUGAUAUAUUAAGCAAGAUUACAAUUGAUGUGCGGUUUAUAAAAAGUGGGCAGAUCGCAUAUCAAGGCACCACAUUUCUUGGUUACGUAGGCUUAUGGACUGGACAAAGUCCACACAAGUUCACGAUCUCUGGUGAUGAACGAGCGGGUGGUCGCUGGUGGGAAAAUGCAAUAGCUGCUUUUCUGAAUCGGAAUUACCCCGUCAGCUGGCUUGUCCGAGACACCCUGAGCAGAGCAGAGGACUUUCAGUCAGCUGUUCUCAGACUAGCGGGCAUUCCCAUCAUUGCUGAAGUUUACUAUAUUGUAGGAGGCGUAUCGCCCAAAGAAGGCAUGGUCAUAACGAGGAAUCGAAGAGGGCCAGCAGAUCUCUGGCCUCUCGAUCCUUUAGGUGGAGCGUGGUUUCGUGUGGAGACAAACUAUGACCAUUGGACUACCCCUCCUCCUUUUGACGAUCGAAGAACUCCAGCCAUCAAAGCUCUCAAUGCUACUGGACAGCAGAACAUCAAUUUUGAUACGCUCUUUAAGGUGUUGUCAGUGAAGCCAGUCUUAAACAAUAACACAGUCUAUACCACAGUAAUGAGCGCUGCACUUCCAGAUAAGUACCAGACAUGGAUCAGACCUGUGAAGUGAAGAGGU